AUGGAAGAGGAAGAAUUUCAGGGUGUUUUUGAGAAACGAAAACGACAAAAGGCUAACAUAUUUACUAAUGAUUAUGAUUUAAUUAAACCUAUGGAUAUUGACACAGAGGAAAAAAAAUAUUACAUAAGGAAUAUUUUACCAACAAAUUCACAGGGCGUCAGCGAUGGAACCGUACCUGUACAACAGUUUACUUUAACAAGAAGUACUAUACUAAAAGCUAUUGAGGAGCAAGCGAAACAGAACACAAGCCUGGCGGACAAAUACUUAGAUGUAGUUAUUCGGAAUUUUCAUGGUGAAUUCAAUAUAGUACCACCAACAUCAUAUCAUGAAAAACUUAUCAAUGGUGUGCUUGAAAAAUGGGAAUAUUGUCAUAUGAAGUUUCAUGGAAAAUAUGUGAAAAAAAUAUGGAGCGCAAGGAUGUUGCUACCGUUAAAAUGUGUUACUGGUGAAAUUGUGGAGUGCGCAACAAUCAUUAAUGUACCUAAGAAUAAUUUAGCAAUAUUUAUGAAUGGACUAGAAGAUGAGAAGAUUAUUCAGAUUAUGUCAGACAGUGAUGAUGACAUUAUAAACCUCGAUGAAGGUAAUGAAGCAGAUGAAAGCGACCUGAAUACACUGCAAGCACAGUUGGACGCGGAAAUAGAGAAGGAUAUUGAAAUGGAAGCAGCUAUAUCGAAUGUUUUUAAAUCAUCCAAAUGCUACCAGAGGUUCUUGGAAAAGGAAAAUGAAGAGCCGGUCGAGGAAUAUCAGUUCAGUUCUGAUCGUGGUAUGAUAGGAAAACCUGAUGUAACAACAGUGAUGUUGGACACUGAUUCAGAUGAUGACAGUGUAAAUGGAGAAUCGGAAUGA